UACUUCUGUAUGCACUUGUGGCGUUUAUUCUGGUUUCACGAGUGCAUUUAACUUUGUUUUGGCAUUGAGCUCAUCUUCGCUGCAUACAAUAUUACAGUGCGCGUAUACAACACGAUACAAUACACACAAUACACAAUACUCACAUUUACAUUUGCUACGAGACCGGCAGAUCAAAUCACAAUGACCACGCCAGUUGUUGACGUUCACACACACGUAUAUCCGCCUGCCUAUAUGGACCUCCUCCGCUCGCGGAGCUCUGUACCCUACGUGCGCACAUUCCCACCAGACACAUCAUCAUCACGGCUGAUCAUUCUACCGGGCGAAGACGAUCCGUCGCGGCCCUCGACGGCGCGCGGACGUCCUGUCGGCCCCGCCUACUACGAUAUCAAGGAGAAGAUCGCAUUCAUGGACGCCCAUAAGAUUGACAUAUCCGUCAUAUCGCUCGCGAACCCAUGGCUGGACUUUCUAAGCGCGGACGAGGCUGGGCCUGCCGCGCAGCGCAUCAACGAUGACAUGAAUGCCGUCUGUGCGCAGAAUGCUCCCGGACGACUAUAUGCGUUUGGAGCAUUGCCGUUAUCCGCGUCCACUGAGGUCGUCGUGGCGGAGAUUGCCCGGCUCAAGCAACUGCCAUAUAUGCGGGGAAUCAUCAUGGGGACAUCGGGGCUUGGCUCGGGCCUAGACGACCCCGCGCUGGAUCCCAUCUAUGCUGCGCUCCAGGCGCAGCGACUGCUGGUCUUCUUGCACCCGCAUUACGGCCUGCCCGUGUCAGUAUACGGCCCUCGCGCAGGCGACUAUGGGCACGUCUUGCCGCUGGCAUUGGGCUUUCCGCUCGAGACGACCGUCGCCGUGACCCGGAUGCUCCUGAGCGGCGUGUGGGAUAGGUUUCCCGAUCUCCAGGUCCUUCUUGCGCAUAGCGGUGGAACGCUGCCGUUCCUCGCGGGCCGGAUUGAGAGCUGCAUUGCGCAUGAUGCGCAUCUGAUGAAGAAGCAGGCAAACAGCGGAGAUGCGAACAAAGCUCCCCGCCGCCGCCGCAGCGUGUGGGAUGUGCUCAGCAAGAAUGUUUACCUUGAUGCGGUCGUGUAUUCCGAGAUAGGCCUGCGAGCGGCGAUUGAGGCUUCGGGCGCCGACAGAGUCAUGUUUGGCACUGACCACCCUUUCUUCCCACCGCUGGAAGAAGGCGAGACGGAGUGGUUGAGCGUGCGCACAAACUACCAAGCAAUUCACGCAGCUGUUGGUCGUGAGCAGGACCUCGCAGAGGGCGUGCUAGGCGGGAAUGCCAUCCGGGUUCUUGGAUUGAAGCACGCGUAAUUGACGAAGAGUAUCAUUCGAUCGAUAAUUCCUUACGUUUCAUUUACGUUUGUGUUAUGGCUCUUACGGAGUGGGUUCAAGAGCGACCCGUUU